GUUUGUAAGCGCGUUGCUUAUCUUAAUUUUGUAAAUAUUUAGUUGUUUUUCAAUUCUUACAUUUCAAACCUGUGUUUAUAGUGCAUAAAACAAAGUUUUCUGAUUAAAAGUUCACGUGCACUUAUGGUACUUACUGCAAUAAACCUGAUUCAAUGCAAAUGCUUAUAUUUGUUAACUUAAUAACAAUCGCAAAGUGUAUUUUUGAAUUGUCCUCAUCAACAUGCGGCCCAAGGAUCAUCCCGAUCUGCACUUCGACGUGAUUCCCAAGCUCUACGAUGCCCAUUCCAAGGUGUUUCUAACAAGCUUGUGCGAUGUGGAUGAGCAACUCAAACCAUUGCCACGCCGAUUCUGUCGGAUGUACACCACUCGUCCACUGGCCAUCCAGCUGCUUCAGUAUCUGCAAACCCGCAAAGCGAACGUUUCGGAACAGGACUUCUUCGUGGUGGAGGAGGGCCAGCCCUUCGCACUGCUUCUUAAGGACGGAAAACGGCUAGAGGGGAUGCUAAGCUCUGGAAGUCAUCUGGGGCACAGCCUCAUUCUGCUUAUCCGGCGGCAGCAGGGUAACAGAUUGCUGUACUGCUACUCGGCUAUGAGGCUGGAUAAUCUUGGUCGUCUACUGGGCAACUCUGUCUUCAACUAUUGGAUAGCCCAGGGAACCGAGCAGCUGUAUCUGAAUCUCUCCUCUGUAAAUUUGCCAUUUGAUCAUGUUGAUUUUGAUGAGAUGGCUCAUUUCAUCGAGGAUCUCGGAGCAGAGAAUGACCAGAGUGUGGUGCACCUGAAAGUGCCAAAAUUUGGCUACGAGGAAAUGUUAUGGAGAUUGGCACACACAAGUCUUCGCGGGCAUAUUCAUUUGGGCGACCAUAUUGCAAAAAGCUAUGAGUGCCUUAGCAUUGAUCUGGAGCGUUUUCUGGAAGAAAAUUAUGUACCAAGGGUUUUCGUCAGCGGUUGCCCAACGGACUUUAAUUACUAUCAAAAGGUAGUUUCCUUGGAUCUAAAGGAACUUAAGUGGACACCGACUCCGACCAGGAUGCAUCUUCGGCAGCUAUGCAGCCUCUUGCGACCUCAACACAUUCAGGGGAUUGUCCAGUUUCAUACGGAUGGUAUUGUGCCCCCCAUUCCGUCAUUCCUAAAGAUCUUCAAGGCAAACUAUUCACCGCAAAACGAUGCAGUGGUGUCAAGGAUUAGGAGUGAAUUUCAAGCAGGACAGCCGAAGCAAGGACCCUAUCGCGCUUUCCAGUCCAGAAGGGCCUUUGAAUUUGUGAACGAUGACGACGAAAGCAGUAGUUCGGGUUAGGUUAAGGUAUCUCCCUAUUAGAAUAAGUAAUUUAUUUAGCUGUUGUUCCGCACAGUGCCCCUAUGAGUUUUAUUUAUCCAAACGCUUCACAAUAUAUAAACAUAAAUUGUUGGAA